AUGUCUGGACAUGCUGUGGUCGUGUGGGAAUUCGAAAUAAGAAACGGAUACUGGAAGCCCUAUAGCCCCGAAGUUAGCCAGCAUCUGGAAAGAGCAAAUGCCAAACAAUUAACGAGAGUUUUACUCUCAGAUGCUGACCCAGCUUUACUAAACUACUUUGUAAAUUUACGAACUUUAACGCAGGAAAAUGAAGAUUCCGAUGUUGUUGUGCCAGUUAGAAGAAAAUGUUACCCCCCUUCAUCGCCAGCUGGGAAAGGGGCAAAAUGGGAAUGUGUUGGUACGGACCAUGGGAAUGACUGGCAUGCUUUCGACAUGGAUAUACAAUGUCUAAUUGAGGAGGCAUGGGCUAGAGGUGAUCAAACGAUAGAUAUGAGCAAAACUCGUCUAGGUUUUCCCUAUGUGAUAAACUUCAACACUUUAACUCAAAGAUGGUUGACAAAUGGCUACAUAAGAAGUGUGAGAAGGAUAAAAUUGGCCCCAUACCCACUAGUUAAGGUUAGGUUAGAAGAAUUGGUGCCAGUAACAGGGAGAAGAGCAAAUGAUGUAAGAAAAUCGGCUAGAAACAAUGUAAAUCAACAAAAUCCAAGUCAGAAGAUUAUUGGGAGUAGUGCUGCUUUAAAUUCAACAGAUGCCAGUAAAAAGGGGAAUAGUAAGAAGAAGACUAAUGGAAAGAAUAAGAAUGGGAAUGAGACCACUCCAGCUAACUUGGCAAGGGCAAUAUUAAACAAUUUAAAUAUAUUCGGUAACAAAUCUGGUAACGCGCCCUCGGUAACAAGUGAAAAUAGAACGCUCUUGGAUGCGGAUAGCAGCAGUACUAAAUCGGGUAGAAGGCCGAGUUUGGACACCGUUUCCACGUAUUUAAGUCAAGAGAGCCGCGAAAGUCAGGCUACAGCUUCGACGGCAGAUUUGCUGAAUUGCACUGCGGCUGAUCUCCUGAAUUGCAGCUCGAACAGCGAUGACGGAAUAGCGUCAGAGGGGUUGCCUUCAAUUGUUGGCAUAGACCCGGCCAGCGCCAUAAUCUCGCGCUUCGUGCGCGUGUCGAAACCCAGCGAAUGGGCGCCGCGACAGCCGUGCCCCCUCUGCCGGCAGCCGCUCAAACCGAGCGUGUGCGUGAUCGCGUUGCCGUGCAACCACGUGCUGCACCUCGACUGCCUCAACUACGCGCUGACCGAGCAGCAGGACGCGGGCGCGCUGCUGCACAUCCAGUGCGCCGUUUGCGGGUGCAUCUACGGAGAGAAGCACGGCAAUCAGCCCCCCGGAAGCAUGGAGUGGGGGGUGAUGGACAGAGCGUUGCCCGGCUUCCAGAAUUGUCGGACCAUACAAAUCGUGUACAACAUCCAAUCGGGAAUCCAAGGUCCGGAUCAUCCGAACCCAGGUCGCGAGUACUACGCCGUGGGCUUCCCCCGCAUCGCCUACCUCCCCGACAGCCCCAAAGGUCGCAGGAUACUGCGCCUGCUCAACGUGGCGUGGCAACGCCGACUGAUAUUCACCGUGUCGCGAUCUCACACGACCGGCUGCGAGGACGUCGUGGCGUGGAACGUGCCGCACAAAACGGAGAUCGGUCCCAGCAACAGCAACCACAGCUACCCCGAUUCCGGCUAUUUGAAUAGAUUGAUAAGGGAGCUGGAAGCCUUGGGCAUUGUGGAGGAAGGGGUCAGGAGAUGA